AUGCCUAUACCUGGUUACAAUGGACAUAACAUUGCACAGCAUCAAUCAUCAUAUCAGCAGAAAAAUAUUGUAGAAGAGUUAAUGAGAAAAUUGAAAAAAAAUGGUAUACUAACAAAUGUAUCCGAUAACAUACUUUAUCAAAUUUUAUCAUGCAGUGAAAUGAUACCUGAACGUGUUUCUGGAAAAGUUAUUUUAUUUCAACAAGGAGAUCCUGUCUCUAGCUGGUAUUUACUGAUAUCAGGACAAAUUGAAUUAUACCUUCCUUCAUCAUGUAAUCUUAUAUAUAGUGGUUAUCACCUAAAAACAUUAAAUUCUGGUGCCUUAUUUGGAGAAUUACAAUUACUUACUCAUUCAUGUAGUGGGAGAGUCAAAAAAGUAGCUGAAUUUAUAAAAAUUCAUCAUUCCCAUUUUUUAAAAAUUUAUAAUAAACAGGCUGACUAUCUUCAACAAUAUUUAACAAUCAUGCAAGAUAUUGUUAAUGAAAAAGGGCAAGUAAAACAAUAUUCUUCAGGUGAAGGUAUAUCUUAUAAUGAGGAAGAAGAUAUUCCAAUACAUAAUAAUACUAUAUCAUCUUCAAGUCAACAAACUAAUAUUCAAAGAAAUAUUAAUAAUAUAAUGAAUACUUCAUUUAUUCAAUCAAAUAAUCAAUAUGAUAUUCAAAGGUAUAGUCCAAAUUUUGUAAUAACUAGUGGUAGAAAUAAACGUCUUCUACCAGAUACAAAUUAUAUACCCUCAAUGGCACAACAAAAACAUUUAAUGUUAAAUGAAAAUUUUGAACAACCCACUGAAACAUGGAAUACAAAUGAUAAUGUUUUUGAAUUUUCUAAACCAAUGAAUAUGGAAAAACAAAUUAUAGAAAUUGGUUUGUUAUUGAAAAGAACAAUGGAAGUUGAAAAUAGUGAAUUAAUGCAAUCAAGAACUUAUCAACAAAGAGUUUUUGAAAAUGUUAUGUUUGGAAGUGAAAUUGUUGAUUGGUUAGAAGAGUUAACCGAUAGUUAUCUUAAUUCAAGUACUAAUAGUUCAUUUAAUAGAAGUCAUAUUGUUGGAAUGUGGCAAUAUUUAUUGGAAAAUAAUAUUAUUUCUCAUGUUACUAAUGAAUUACAAUUUAAAGAUUGUAGAAUUCCUUAUAGAUGGACAAUCAUUGAUCCAUUGGAAAAAUAUUUUAAUAAAAAAAUUACUAGACAUGAUUAUGAAGAAUUGCCUAAUAAAAAUGUACAACCUUUAAUUAAUGAAGGUUUGAAUGAAUUAGAUAUGAAACAAGCAUUAUUUCAUCUUUCAUCACUUGGUCCAGAUGCUUUUUUUAGAAUGAUAUUGACUAAACCUUCACAAGAGAGGUCGCCAGAAGAAUUACAAUUUAUAUAUUCAGAGUUACUUCAUUUAAAAGCAUUAUCUCAUCUUUCAACAAUGGUUAAAAGGGAAUUAGCUUCUGUAAUUCAUUUUGAACAACAUCCUAAUGCUGGAACUAUACUUUUUCGUCAAGGAGAUGAAGGAAAAAGUUGGUAUAUAAUAUUAAAAGGAAGUGUUGAUGUUAGUAUACAUGGAAAGGGAAUAGUUAAUACUUUACACGAAGGUGACGAUUUUGGCAAACUGGCGUUGGUUAACGAUUCACCUAGAGCAGCAACAAUUGCUCUUCGUGAAGAUAAUUCACAAUUUUUAAGAGUUGAUAAACAUGAUUUUAAUAGAAUUUUACGUGAUGCAGAAGCAAAUACUGUACGUCUUAAUGAACAUGGUAAAGAUGUUUUAGUAUUAGAAAAAGUUAAUGUUGACUUUGGUAAUGAUUUGUGUUCUUAUCCAAAUGCAACUCCACAAAAUCAUUGUUGUUAUUCAGUUAUGGCUGGUCAACCAGAAAAAAUGUUAGAAUAUAUUUUAGAAACAAGAAUUGAUGCAGUUAAUUAUGAUGAACCUUUAGAUACCUUUUUAGAAGAUUUUAUAUUAACACACAUAAUAUAUUUUCAUACUAAUUUAUUAUGUAAUUAUUUAAAAGAUUAUUAUAUGAGAAAAAGUUAUUUACCAACAAGAAUUGAUGGAAGAGGAUUUCAUUCAAUUGACAAUGACAUUGAUCUUGAACAACGUUUAAUAGCUAAAAGAAGAGUUGUAUGGUUUAUUAAAAUAUGGCAAGAUGUUUUACAGACAAGUUUUUUUCUUGAUAAAAUAGCAAAUUCAUUUGUUGAAGAAAUUAAUAGUUGUGUUUUAGAAGAUAGUCAAAAUUUACCCGGUAUGCAUAUAGUUUUAGAAAAAAUGAAAGAAAUAAAAAGAAUAAAAGAAAGUUUUAUGAAAACAUUAAAUAGACAUCCAGCAUUAUUAUUAAAUUGUGGAACAUAUUCUGAUCAAGCUCCAGCACCACAAUCAGCCUUACAAAUAGAUAUUUGUAAUCAAACUAUUUAUACAACAGAAAAUACAUUUGUAACUAUUACUGCUAGUAUUGAUAAAACAGCAAAUGAUUUAAUAGAAGUUUGUAAACCAAGAUUACGUUUUAAAGAUAAUUAUGAACAAAAAUUUCUCGUUGAAGUUAAAUCAAAUGGUAAUCGGGUAGUAUUUAAUGGUACAGAUAUAAGUAUUCCUACAGUUAUUUCACAUAACUCAAAAUUAUAUAUUGUAAAUAAAGAAGAAAUAGAUAAUUUAGUACCAACAGAAGACCAAAAUCGUAUAACAUGGGAUAUUCCAACAUACGUCAGUAUUUUUGAUCGAUUAAGAUGUAGUGAAAUAGCACAACAGCUGACACAAUUUCAUAAUCAAUUAUUUGAAGCAACUAAUGAGCAUGAAUUAAUAAUUAAUGUACUUGGUAGAGAUAAAUUUCCCGGUCAGUCAUGCUCAAAUUUAGAUAUUUUAAUGAGACGUUUUAAUGAAAUACAAUAUUGGUCUGUAACGGAAAUAUUACUACAACGAUGUCAUACUAGAAGAGUUGAAAUAUUAAAAAAAUUUAUUAAAAUAGCUAAUUAUUGUAAAGAAAAUAAUGAUUUAUUAUCAUUAUUUGCAAUAACACUUGGUUUAAGUUCAGCACCAAUUAGUAGAUUAAGUAUUUUGUGGAAAAGUUUACCUCAAAAAUUUUCACGUCAAUAUUCUGGUUUUGAGUCACUUCUUGAUCCUUCAAGAAAUCACCGUUCAUAUAGAAUAUUUAUAUCAAAAUUAACACCACCAAUAAUACCAUUUGUUCCAUUAUUAUUGAAAGAUCUCACAUUUACUCAUGAAGGUAAUAAAACAUAUUAUACUGGAUUGGUUAAUUUUGAAAAAAUGCAUAUGAUUGCUAAUGUAUUAAGAAGUUUUAAAAAUUGUAAAGCAUCAUCAUUAGGUUUUGUGCCAGCAAUAAAAAAACCAGAACAAAUGCAUUGGAUUAAAAAUUUUAUAAUUAUUGAUAAUCCAAAAAAAUUAAUGGAACUUAGUUAUCAAAUUGAAGGAAGAAAGAUAUAA